AUGCCCACUACCUUGCGUUCUCCCAGUAAAACAGAAACCGACCCUGACAUGGCUCCGAUGCGGGGACUAGAGGUUCUUCUGUUAAACUGGAUGGAGAUACGUGUUUCUCUAGAAAAGGCUACUGAUGAUCUACGUGCGAUUUUGCCGAAGUUUCCUUCUCAUGGUGAAGGUGAAGAUGGUGAUUCUGCCUUUUAUGAUGAAUGUGUUCGACAAGUUUUUCGUGCUGAUCCUCCACAAGUAGUGUCUGCGUAUCUGACUUUCUGGAAUUUUGUUCACUCCGAAAGUCGAGCUGGUUCGAUGUCUCUCCGGCAGGGGCUUCUACAGGACUUCUAUUCGCCUUUCUCGAUCAGUCGUGAUGUUCUGUCACAUGGCGAGUCUCUUCGACAGCGUCUAGAUGAACAACUAUCUGAGGUUGCUGCUGUUACUCCUCAUAGUAACUUCCCGUCUGGUGCUGGUGCCAGUCGAGAUGAUGGUAAUGGUGGUGUUGAGAGUGGUCAAAGAGGAGACGUCUUACAAGAGUUCAUUGCUGAAUCUCAGAGUUGUGGUGACUUUGUGGUCACCCGGAAGGAUGUGAGUCGUAUUCGCCGAGAUGCUAAAACGCUUGUGACUGCUGACCAUGUAGAUCCUUACCGUGGUAUUGCGGAUGAGAGACUAUUCUCGGUGUGGUUGGGUCGUUUGCGCAGGAAUACUCGGAAGAAUGGGAUAUCAGGUGAUCCCGUUGCUCUUUACUAUUAUGUGGUUGCAAGUGUUGGAGACACUUUAAUUUCUAAGGUGCGACCUUGUGCCCCUGGUUCUGGUUCGAGUGGUCCCUUCUUGAAGGAAGUUGUACGUAUCCUUCGUUGUAUUGAAAAGGAGACUGCUGGCCUGUCAUCGGAAGUGCUGCGAUGGAACUCUGAACAAGCUUUUGCUAAUCUGAAACAAGGCGGGUCUGAGAGUGUGCCGCAUUUCUUGGAUCGAUUUGAAACUGGUGUCAUCGACCUUGAGAUACAGCUUAAUCUACCUAUUCCGGAUGAUAAGAAGCUGACACAACUUUUGCGUGGACUGUCUCCUCGUUUACGCUCGUUGGCUAUUGAGCGUUUGGCUUGUGGUGAUGUUGCGGCUACUUAUCGAGGUCUCAUACAGUACCUUACUCAGCGCGAUCGGUUGGGUCAGGCAAUACAGCCAGUUGAAUCCUCUGUGGUUAUUGAUGUUGGGAAAAAUCGUGGUCGACAUCCCCUUAAUGUUGUUACUACUGAUAGUAAUGGUUACUCUUCUCGGAUCAAUGGUGGUUCUGCCAGAGAAGUGUAUAGUGGGGAUAAGCAGUCUACGGGUAGUAGGCGACGGGCGAUUUGCUAUCAAUGGCAGAGGAAAGGUUCUUGUCGAUUUGGUGACCGUUGUAAGUUUCGUCAUGAUGGUCCUGAUGCUUCUACACGGUCUGUUGACAAGAAAGAUGCUGUUCAUCAUGUUCAAGCUGACCACACUGAGGCAGAGUCCAGUGAGUCCGAUUCUGACAAUAGUCCUAUCAGUUCUGAAGAUAAUGUUGAUGUCAUAGGACAUGUUGGGAAUCAAAAUGGCUUACCCUUUGCUCAACUUACGGUAUCUGGCUAUGGUGCCCUACCAGUAUUGUUGGAUUCUGGUGCUUACCGUAAUUAUAUUCCUGAUUCCUUGGUUAGAACUUUACAUGGUAUUGUUAAAGUACAACCUGGUGGUAAGGAGUCUGCGGCUCUAGCCGAUGGUCAACCCAUUGCGAUACGAGGUGUGGUAGUGUUGGAAGGAUUGAGAUUUUAUGUGAUUAAAUCUCAGCUCGACUACCUCAUUCUUGGUGUCGAUUCUAUGCGUUACCUGGGUGUAUCGUUGAGCUUUUCACCGAGUAUUACGAAGACCAUUGCUCUUGGGAAGAAUUCAUUUCUGACCAUGGACGGUAGCGAUGCUACUGUGGACAAGGGUACUCUGGCGCAUCUCUGGUUCCCACAUGCACUACCUUCCUCAGCUGAUUUCUGUCUGUCUGAUUGGAAGCCAGUAGAAGAUGCUGAAGGAUAUGUAUGGCACGUUAGGAGAUUGCGUGAAGGGGAGGUUAAAGAUACUGAUAGUCAGAAGUACUGUAUUGAAGUGUCCAUCCCCACUGACCGUGAAAAGUUGGCAUCUUUUCAAGGUGGUAAAAAUUUUGGUACUGCUCUGUUGGAACGAUUGGAUCCUGCCGAACAAGAUAAGUAUGGUAAGGAGGUUGAGAAGUAUAUUAAUAAGAAGUGGUGGACAGAUUGUGGCCCUGCGGACAGAGUUCGCCCUGAUGAUUUGAUGUGCUUCCCAGUGCGGGCCAAAGACGUUACUAAAAGUACGGCCUUACGACCCGUAUUAGAUGCCAGGAAAAGAAAUAUCUGUAGUCCUUUUGCUGGGUAUCCAGGUGCUCCUAUUGCUUCUAUCUUGGACAACCUACGGUUAUGUUGGAAGAAAGGGGCACGUCUUCAAACCAGGGACGCUUCUGCGGCGUUUUAUCGAGUUAGGUUAACUGAAGCAAGCUCGGUUACGAUAGUGGCUGGUCGAAGACGGUAUCGAUCUUCGAGACUUGUAUUCGGCCUUCGGGCAGGUCCGUCUUGUCUGUGGGCGGCACUCACAUGGAUUCUUAAUUGUGCUUUUACUCGGCUAUCUGACUCCGAGCAGAAGCAGGUUAGUGGUGGUAAUAUAUAUCUAUAUUUGGAUGAUCUUACCUUUGUUUGGCCACCUGAAGUAAUUGAAGCUGGUCUCAAAUAUGUCACCUUGGUGGAGGAAACUGCUCAGUGGUUUGGCUUUGAAUUUCCUAGGUCUAAGGGUCAUGAUAGUGGUUGCGAUCAGAGCUUCAAGCACUUGGGUCUACACUGGCAUUUUCAAGGUGACGAGGUGGAGCUAUCUUGUAUCAAGCGUAACCUCUCUCCUUCCUUUGAAGUGGAUGGUGCUCUGAAGGAAAGGUGGUCAGUUCGAGAACUGUAUGCCUUGGGAGGUGUAGCUGGUGCUGGUAGUGAUCCAUGUCUGCUUCAUGCCCGUGUUAGAUUGGCCGGUGAUAUAGUGAGAUCUUUGACUGCUGGUAUUUUGCCUACUGGUGCUCCCAAUGAGAAGCGAAAAUGGGAUACCACAGUCUGCCUUUCGAGUGGCUCUGACCGUUAUAAUAUACUCAAAAGUUGCUAUGAUGUGAUUAGUAAUCAUGUUCGUAGUACUUGUUGCCAUCGGUUUUAUGGUGCUCAGAGACUGUUGGUUUAUGUUGAUGCAAGUACCAUUGGUUGGGGCUUUUGCAUCUAUGGACAGCCUCGAGUUGGCAACAAGUGGGGGUCGGAAUGGUUAUUUCAGGAAACAGCUGGUAUUUUCAAGAAGCAACAAAUGGUCCAUCACAUCAACAGAAAGGAGCUUUGGGCACUAUCUCGUGCGGUAAUUUGUUUACAUUCGCUACUAUUGAAUUCCUUUGGUCGGCUGAUUGUUCCUAUUGAGGAGAUAAUUGUUCUAUGUGAUUCUCAAACAGCGUGUCGAUGGAGUGUCAACACCCGAUGCACGUCGAAGAGUGUGGAGAAGGUUGCUGUUCGUCGAUUGUCAUUCUCUAUUCAAGAGAUUAUCGGUGACCUCAAGGAGGCUGGUGUACGAUGGACUCUUAAGAAGGUCGUUAGCUCUGAGAACCGAGCAGAUUCUCUUAGCCGUCUGGGGGUCGCAUUAAAAGGCCUCGAGAUAGUAGAUGAUGAUCUUCCUGCUGUGUUUGAGUCCAGGUGGAUAUCGCAUGUGUCACAUGUAGCUCAUAAUGUGGAUAUUGAGCGUCUUAUUCGUAUUCAGCGUGAGUCAAAGCUCUAUGGUGAGGUUGUGAAGGUGCUGUUAGAUGAGAGCAAUGAUACUACUUCACCUGCGGUGAAGAAAGCUUUGGAACGGAAGCGGCUUCCAUACCCCGGCAUGCGAGUCUCGAGAAAGUCGAGACUCGCGUUAUUCUCGUCUCGCGAACCAGAACGAGAGAGAAUAGUGAGCUGUGCAGGAUCGCGAGAACAAGCGAGAAUAUCGCGGGAUUCUCGCCGAAUCUCGCAGUCAGCUGUUAAUGAGUUCUUCUCUGAGCCCGAGCCUUGGUCGUUGCCCAGAUCAUCGAUGAUGGCCGUGAGAUCAACGAGACGUAUUGGGGAGUCUUCACCUGACGACCUAGCCGGUUCCGGUAAACUUGAACGACAAGAAGGACUUUGCGGACAAGGCAUAAAAAAUAAGCGCUGCAAAGCGUUGGCAGCAACGAGUCGUUUCUUCAAGGGAGCGUUUGGUCCUACCGAUGUGGCUGCUCAUUCGGUCUGGUCAGAGGUGGCUAUAGACCUCUGUGGUCCUUUUCCGAGAGAUUCCGAUACCGGUUUUACCAGUGCUAUGGUUUUAGUCUGCCUAUAUUCACAUUUCGUCUUUGUUUGUGGGCUCAAAAACCAAGGAGGCGCUGCUGCUGCCGAGGCUAUAGAUAAGAUUUGUGACGUGGUGGGUACCAUGCGUAGACUUCGUAGUGACGGAGGAAGUUGCUUUACCUGUGCAACCUUCAAGAAGGCAUGUGAACGGCGUCAUAUACAACAUCUGGUGGUUAAUCGCUAUAGUCCGUUCCAGAAUGGUGCAGCUGAACGAGCAGUGGCCGGUGUUAAGAAGAUCUUUCGACUAUUCCCUGAGAUCGUUGCUCAGAGUGGUAAACAAUCCCGUUGGUUCUCUCUUCUUGGUCGCUCUAUCCGUCGCCUGAACGAUAGACCUUUUUUGGGUUCUACACCGUUCGAGAUAUUCUAUGGAAGGUCUCGUAAUCAUGAAGAGAAGCUCCGCUAUGAUGGUAUCCCUCCAACUAGUAGUCCUGCUUUGGCUGAUUUGAAUGACCAGAGACAAGCAGUUCAGGAAGAUUUUGAACAACAACGUGAAAGCCGUCAACCUGAUCGCUCUUAUCGACCCCGCUCACUCAAGUUGAAGCCUGAUCAACGUGUGGUGAUCUAUCGUUCAACUACUAAGCCUGGUCAUACUGGUGGUACUGUUAAGAACGUGGUCUAUAAGGUGUUGUACCAGAAUGGAGUUGAUGUCUGUCUCCGUCCCAUUAGUGAUCAAUCCUUACCGAAUCUUCCAGGAGAAGGUCCGAGGGAUACUGUAGAGCAUGUGAAGAAUCUUCGCCCUUAUUAUGCUUGA